CUUCGUUACGUAAGCUCAACUGAUGAAUGUUUCCAAGGCUCUCUUCGAUUGUAGUGGGUCAACUUUCCCUGAGUCGGAGAAGGAAAGAGGCGUUUACGAACAGUUUUGCAAAUGUUCAAUUCCUCCUGAAUCAUGGCACACAAUGGGCGAAGUGGUAUUUAGUAAACUGUUCUUAAUCAUUUCACUCUUGGGAAAUACACUCGUUAUAUUCGUUCUACAGCGAAUGAAGCGCAACGGACAAUGCGGAUCCAUGAAACUGCUCAUUCAAAACUUGUGUUUGGCCGACAUGGCUGUUUGUAUCGUGUACAACAUAAAUGAAGCAAUAGGAAUCGAUUCAGAGCACUCUAACACACCUGUUUGUAAAAUUAUUGGUGGCUUAACAUGGACCACACUCUCAGCUUCAUCCUGUUUAAUCUGUUGUGUUUCUUUAGAGCGUUACCUGGCGGUGGUGAGACCAUUUGACUUUACGCUCGACACACGUCGCACUGUGUUCAUGAUAAUAUUUUCAUGGUAUUAUUCUCUCUUGUUCACUCUCCCCGACUUUUAUUUCCUUAAGAGAUUGGAAGCGCCGUUUUGUGGCCGAGGAUUAAUUCCGUUUUGUUCGUACGACUUUUUCCGAGGUACUGACACAACAGUGAUCCUACUAACUACUCUUUCAGCUACCUUCCUAGUUCCGCUGGCUUUUAUCGUGUGUACUAAUGUCGCCGUUAUUCAUGCAUUACUGCGUGGUCAAGGCUCAAAACUUUUCAGUAAGUUCCGCCCCACAACCGACCAGCGAAGACGAGGAGUCGUAUUAAUUGUAUUUCUAUUAACAGCCAUAUUUGUGUUAUGUUCUGUUCCCUUCGCUACCUACUUAUUUUUAAUCGCGUUGUCUGUUGCUGUGCCCAGAGAAUAUGCUAUAGUAGCUUAUUAUCUCAUGCUAUUUAAUAGUACUGCGAAUGCAUUUGUCUACUCUUUUUUCAGUGCCGAGUUCCGUAGGAACUGUAAAGAGUUGUUUUCUGUAGCGUUUGGAUGUUUGAAGCGUUUAGGAUGUUGUUUGUAACGUUUAGAUGUUUUGCACGGAAAGCAAAACCGGAACAACAGCGAAUUAAAGAGCAACGGUACAAACAUCACUGGAAAAAUAUUUAGUGGAGUUGUAAUAGUGAUCUGUAACCCUGUGUGGUCAGAUAAAUAUUCAAAUUAAA